UAGCUUGGUGCAAAAGUCAUUGCAUUUUUUACCAGUACUUUUAAUAAUGAUGAUGUUAAUGAAAAAUCCUAUUAUUUUGGAAAAGUAACAAGCACUUAAUCCCUUUAUCAGUGCCACUGAGACACAACAGUGACUAACUAAAUAGCCUGCUCAUAUGUCCAAGUCUAUAGAAAUAAUUCUUUUUGUUCUUAUGUCAACAGAUGGACAGUAGCAACUGGACCAGUGUGUCCCAUUUUGUUCUCUUGGGCAUUUCCACCCACCCAGAAGAGCAAAUCCCACUCUUCCUUCUUUUUCUACUCAUGUACACGGUCAACAUUUCUGGCAACUUGUCCAUCAUCACACUGAUUCUCUCUGCUCCACGCCUCCACAUCCCCAUGUACAUCUUCCUCAGUAACUUGGCCUUCACAGACAUCUGCUUCACCUCCGCCACAGUCCCCAAGAUGCUGCAGAAUAUUUUCUCCCCUACAAAGGUAAUUUCCUACACAGGCUGCUUAACCCAGACUUAUUUCUUCAUUUGCUUUGCAACCAUGGAAAACUUCAUCCUGGCCAUGAUGGCCUAUGACAGAUACAUCGCCAUCUGCCACCCUUUCCACUACCCUAUGAUCCUGACUAGAAUGCUGUGUGUGAAAAUGGUGGUUAUGUGCCAUGCCCUCUCCCACCUUCAUGCCCUGCUGCACACCUUUCUCAUGGGCCGACUGAUCUUCUGUGCUGAUAACAGAAUCCCCCACUUCUUCUGUGACCUCUACGCUCUGAUGCAGCUCUCCUGCACCAGCACCUACCUCAACACCCUGAUGAUUCACACAGAAGGUGUUGUUGUUGUGAGUGGAGCUCUGGCCUUCAUUACUGCCUCCUAUGCCUGCAUCAUUUUGGUGGUCCUCCGGAUGCCCUCAGCCAAGGACAAGUGGAAAGCCUUUUCUACCUGUGGCUCCCACCUCACUGUGGUGGCCAUCUUCUAUGGCACCCUCAGUUGGGUCUACUUCCGGCCCCUUUCCAGUUAUUCAGUGACCAAGGGUCGCAUUGUAACACUCAUGUACACAGUGGUGACUCCCAUGCUGAACCCCUUCAUCUAUAGCCUGAGGAAUGGGGAUGUCAAGGGAGCCUUCGUGAAAUGGAUGAGCAGAAUACAGAUUCUUUUUUUUAGAUAAAACCCCAAAACACAGUUCAGAGUUUUACCUAUGAUUCCGGAGAAAUAACGUUGUGCCUCACAGAUCUGCUUUCUUUAGAACUUUCCAGAAAUAUCUAAAUUAGGUAUAUAUCAUAUAUCUUCUCAUUGGAUAUUGCCCAGAGAAAUCUAUUAAAUACAAAGUACAUAAAACAAAAAGGAACCACCAUAUACUUAGUGUAAAACACUAACAUUUCUUUAACUAUAGUUGACAGUGUUUUCUGCAAUUAAACACUAGGGUUGUAACUCUCAGAGUUCUUAGAUGUAGGCAAUAGAAACUGAUUCUGGCUUAUGCAUGGAGGAGAUGAGUUUCUUGGAAAGAUGUGUGGGGUGCAUGCAUUUCCAAGCCUAGGGAACUAGACUCAAGAAAAACAGACAAGAAUAAUAAAGGUAAUAUCAUCAGAACCACAGUGAAAAUCAUAUCUCAGAAUUAGUCUGUUGAGGAAAACACUGUAGCCACCAAACUCUAUUCACUGCAGCUUGUACCUCCUCCUACACUACCAGCAGUAGUCACUGGGCAUAGUUCUUGGAGGCCUAUAAACUGGUUAUUACCACCUCCAGAAAGAACUGUCCAUUUUUUAUUCUUUUCACUACUAUGUCUACAUUCAAAAUAAGGUGGUACAUCUCACUGGUCAAGAAUUUGGUCGCCAACACAUCCUGUAGCUGCCAGGAAAACUAGGAGAGCAAUACUGGUGCUUUUAUUUUCUAUAAGUUUAUAGAAGUCAUGUGA